GUUUAGAUGAAAUUAGUUAACGAUCAAAGUCCAGUUGUUAAAGUUGUAUUGCAAAAGUGAAAAAAAGUGAAUAACGUCGAAAAAAUGUUGAGGAUCGGACAGAAAAUUUUACAAACUCCUAAGGGAAAUAAUUUGGUGCGUUUUUAUGCAGCCGCCGUGCCCAAGGCUAGUGUUAAGCAUGAAACUAAACAGGAACCCAAAACAAAUCACUCGUUUAUGGCAAAUAUUUUCCGUGGUAAUCUAGUGUCGACACAGGUAUUUCCCUAUCCCGAUGUGCUGACGCAAGAUGAUAAAGAACUGGUAGGCAGUUUGUUAGAUCCCUUGGAAACAUUCUUUACCGAAGUUAAUAAUGCAGCCAGAAACGAUGAAAAUUCAAAAAUUGAUGAUCAAACUCUAGACCAAUUAUGGGAAUUGGGUGCUUUUUCAAUGCAGGUGCCCAAUGAAUAUGGUGGUUUGGGUUUGAAUAACACCCAGUAUGGUAGACUUUGCCAAAUUGUAGGUGCCAAUGAUUUGGGUUUGGGUAUUACUAUUGGUGCUCAUCAAAGUAUUGGUUUCAAAGGUAUUUUGCUGUACGGUACUCCCGAACAAAAAGCCAAAUAUUUGCCACAAGUAUCAACGGGAAAAGUAUAUGCUGCCUUUGCUUUGACCGAACCCAGUGCCGGUUCAGAUGCUGGCUCCAUUAAGUGUAGAGCAGUAAAAUCUGCCGAUGGCAAACAUUAUGUAUUGAAUGGUUCAAAAAUAUGGAUUUCCAAUGGUGGUAUUGCCGAUAUUAUGACUGUCUUUGCCCAGACAGAAAUUACCGACGAAGUGACCGGUGAAAAGAAGGACAAAGUUACUGCAUUUAUAGUGGAAAGAGGCUUUGGUGGUGUUACCAAUGGUGCACCCGAGAAGAAAAUGGGUAUUAAAUGCUCUAACACAGCUGAGGUAUACUUCGAAGAUGUUAAGAUUCCAAUAGAAAAUGUUUUGGGCCAAGAGGGUGAAGGUUUUAAAGUGGCAAUGAACAUUUUAAAUAAUGGUCGUUUUGGCAUGGGUGCCACCUUGGCGGGCACCAUGAAAUAUUGCAUUGAAAAGGCUGUGGAUCAUGUUAACAAUCGUGUACAAUUUGGCAAAAAACUUAAGGAAUAUUCAGCCAUACAGGAGAAAAUUGCCCAAAUGAAUAUGAUACAAUAUGCCACCGAAUCAAUGGCUUUCCAAAUUUCCCAAAACAUGGAUGCUGGUAGUCAAGAUUACCAUUUAGAAGCAGCCAUAUCGAAAAUUUUCGCAUCCGAGGCAGCCUGGUAUGUUUGCGAUGAAUCCAUACAGAUUUUAGGCGGCAUGGGCUUCAUGAAAGAAACUGGCCUCGAAAGAGUAAUGCGUGAUUUGCGCAUUUUCAGAAUUUUUGAAGGCACCAAUGAUAUCUUGAGACUGUUUGUGGCUUUGACAGGCAUACAAUAUGCCGGUUCGCAUUUGAAAGAAUUGCAAAGAGCCUUUAAAAAUCCUGCCGCCAAUUUGGGUUUAAUAUUUAAAGAAGCCUCAAGACGUGCUGCCAGCACUGUGGGUAUUGGCGGUACUGACUUAUCACCUUAUGUCGUCACCGACUUACAAUCACAUGGCAAAGCUGCUGCCGAAUGUAUAGACAUGUUUGGUCAGACAGUGGAAUCACUUUUAUUGAAAUAUGGCAAAAACAUUGUACAUCAACAGAAUGUUCUUAAUAGAUUAGCUGAUGCUGCCAUUGAUAUUUAUUCCAUGGUAGUGGUCCUAUCACGUUCCAGCCGAGCUGUUAAGAAACAAUUGCCCACCGCUGAACAUGAAUUGAAUAUGGCUAAGGCUUGGUGUUAUCAGGCCAAUGAAAGUGCACGCACCAAUUUACGCAAAGCUACCUCCAGUCAACAAUUAAGUCAUUACAAAGAUAUGUCCGCCAUUGCUCAAAAUAUCAUACAGCAUGGUACUGUUAAUACGACCCAUGUUAUAGAAUAAACGAGAUAAAACCUAGUAUUAGUAUUAUUAUCAGGAAUAAUUGUUAAAUAUUUUUAUAAUAAAUUAAUUAGAAACGAUACGAAUUAAAUAAAUUUCUACUUAUAAAGUGA